CAGUUUUUUUCAAAAAAAUAUUAGUCGUCUUGACACCAGUCAGCUGAGUGAAUUGUUUUUAAAUCCCAGAUUUGUGUUGGUAUUUUUUUAAAAAUCAUCUCAUUUCUUUCCUCGUCUUUCUUCAUUUUGUGAUACUCUUCGGUUUAUUCAAGUAACUCCAUCAUCAACAUGGGCGAAGGUAAUGGUGAAAGUGUAUAUGGAGGGUGCGAAGGACCAAAUGCUAUGUAUGUAAAACUUAUUUCUUCAGAUGGCCAUGAAUUCAUCAUAAAGCGUGAACAUGCUUUAACCUCUGGAACCAUAAAAGCUAUGCUCAGCGGUCCUGGCCAAUUCGCAGAAAAUGAAACAAAUGAAGUCCACUUCAAAGAAAUCCCAUCUCAUGUUUUACAAAAAGUAUGCCAGUAUUUUAUAUACAAGGUUAAAUACACAAACAGCGACGUUGAAAUUCCCGAAUUUCCAAUUGCUCCAGAAGUUGCUUUGGAGUUACUGAUGGCUGCUAACUUUUUAGAUUGUUGAGCAAAGUUUCAACAACAGCCAAUAAAAUCAACCCUCAACGGACGAAGUAUUAUUGUGUUACUUAAAACCGUAAUAAAAUGAAUUUUUCAUUCAAA